AUGGAAACGCCAGGCGGCGUCGAACCCACCGCGAUGCAGAAGCUGCCGGGAAUUUCAGUGUCGAUGCAGACAGAAGCUAGCCGGCUUCAUGAACACGCCCACAGAAAAUCAACCCUGUCAGAAGAGUUCAGCACCUUAGAUGUUUUGUGUGACAUGGAGGUAAGGACUCACCGGUUGCAUAUAUACAUUUUAUGCUUAAUGGUUUUACCCCUGAACAAAGAUAUGACUCCACAUUGCUUUUGGUAUUUCCACUUUGAGUUCAAAGAAGAUUUUGUGAAGCUGUUCAAGAAAUCUCUGCGCACGCUGCCCUCCGUUGGCCUGCCUACCCUUCUGGCCUACAGACCUGAAUUGUCACGAGAAAACAUACAGAUUGAGGCAGAGGAGGACUGUGCUCCAAGGUGCGAGUACUGUGGCAGCCUGCUGAAGCCGUUCCCUUCCUUUGAAGAUGUUUGCCCACCGUCACAGGAUUAUGAAUCAAAAUUCUGCUGCGAGCGUAAUCGAGACCUCUACGAGUUCAUCGUAAAUGAGAGGAAGAACCAUGAAGGCGCCUGGAGCAUUCCCAUUGCUGUCAGCCCCCACAAAUCCCAUGGCACCGAAGCUGACAGGCUGCUGUCAAAGGAGAGAGCGUACCAGAGGCAGCAGGAGAGACAAAUGGCCAGACAGUUAGCUUUCCUGGCAGCACAGCCAACGAGUGUAGCUGAAUGUUCAAAUCAAGCUGGCACAAUUUCCUACCUGCUUUCUCGGGAGCCCCCGUCGCCAAAGGGCCGGACGCUGGUGCCUGGUGAGAGGGCAGCAAAGCCCGAGGAGGAGCCCAUCUCCUACAGCAUCACCUGCUGCGAUUUUACCCCCGUGGGUGGAAAGGUAGUGAAGAAUGAAUUGUUGGAAAAGUACUACAAACAUGGAGGGAAAUUUCUUACCAUGCUUCCAGACGGAACAGCACAGUUAUUCUAUCCAUCUGGAAAUCUGGCAAUCAUUGUUGUACGAGAGAAAAACCAGCUUAUUUGCAUAGUACAGGAAGACAAGCCGAGUAACGCUGAAAUACAAGCAGUAUUUAAGUCCAAUGGCAGAAGUACUUGCUAUUAUCCAAACGGAGCUGUGUGGAUAAACAUGAGUAUUCAGGGAGGGCAGUAUUUGGACCGAGAGGGCAGCAGGCUGAGAAGGUGGACGUGGCCAAACAGCAUCACGUCAUCAGGACCCCAUGUCCCACUGAGCCCCAUCUUCAUCUCCCUGAACCAGCACGUGGGGGUCAGGAUCCUGGGCCAGGACAAGAUCACCGUUUCCUUCCUCGCCAUGGGGCAACAAGCAAAAUUCAACGUGGGAACCAAAGUGCAGGUCAGCGACGUCGGCCGGCUGCCUCCCCCCGCCUGGCUGGGCGAAGACGAGCUCCUGCUGCUUGCCUUCAGGGUGAGGAUCCUGCGGCUCUGCGACAGACUGCGUGGAUGCUUAAACUUUCCUUCUAAUGAGCAAUGGGACAAAAUCAAGCCUCCAGCAUACCUUAUCACACAGACUUUAAAGAUCUUACAGCUUUGCACAACUUCUGACAUAAGUGAUGAGCUACGCAGCUCGGUCAGGGCAAUAGUAAAUACUCAAGUCUGA